AUUUUUAAUUAUAAAUAUAAAGGAUGGACGACUUAAGUGUGUUUCUGCUCAACUGUGAUUUGAUACACCUUUAUGGAUCGCUAAAUGAUCAGGGCGCGGAUCUUGAUUUUUUGUUAAAAGCAAAUGACCAUGAACUGUCGACAUUGAUCCCAGCAAUAGCUCAGAAAGGAAAACUGCGCAUGGCGUUAGAUCGUGAGAGAGAACGCAGAGGAGUUGAAAAUGAUCAGAGGAAUGUAGAUGUACAGCAAGUUAUAGCUCCAAUCAAAAAGCAAGACUCCUUUGUGAUUCCAUCAAGUAGCCAAAAGUCUAGUUCAUCCUCUGUUGCUACAACAUCAACUGAAUUAGUGGAAUGGGACAUCAAUUGUGACGAUUGUAUUGAGUUUAUAGAUGCAAGCAAACUUAUAGGCAAUAUAACUGCUGGCGUAUCUCUAAAACACAUUUUAGAAACAUCCAGUAUAGGGAAACCUCUCCUCAACAAAAAAAUAUUAUCGUUUAGUGAGCGAAAAAUAUUGACAGCCCUUAUUGUUGAGGCAGAGGUAAGGAAACUUAAAAAAAACACUGAUCCCAUACGAAAAGAAGUCUGGGAUACUUGGACAUCACAGAUUAUACAAUUUUUCCCAGGGGAAACAAAGGGGGUUUACUAUAACCCUUUUCGCCUUGUGGACGGAAGAGUCAUACAGGCCAGUGGCUUAAUAGUAAACCGGUUAAUCACAGUAAGAAGGAAAUUGAAUGCAGAGAACCGCUGCCGCAGUAGAAGCCGCAACAGCAGUAGUGACAAGAGCAGUGACAGCAGCGGAGACCAAAAGAAGAGGAAAAAAUCUGCCGUCAAAUCUCCUGCACGGGUUAGACCUUUUCCUGACUCUUUUCAAAUAAUAAGUACCAGUCAAGAAUCUGAAAAAGAUACCAUGCAGUGGUUGAAGCACUCUUCUUCACCAAGAGAAUUGGUAGAAACAAAAUGGAACAGCUGUCUACAUGAACGCAUGGCUGCACUGCAAGAAGGUGACCAUGUUAGUUAUUUGAGCAUCUUCCCAGCACUGCAAUGUCCUUGGGGCUAUAAAUUGCUGGCCAGUGACUUUGACAAAAUAUACCCUGAAAUUGAAGGAAAGUUCGAAGAAAAUUUCCCGGUAGUGAAAGGUCGCCUGCUAUCACUACUAGAUGAGAAGGCUCAACAGCUAACGCGCUGACACUUCCAUUCAAACUGUUUUGGAUCUUGCAUGUAAGUCAUAGGAACAGGCAAACAUAGCUACUUUUCUAUCCGUUCCUCUAUUACUGAAGCAAAUGCACACUGUUCGCGUAAAGGGAACCAGAAGACCGUGGAAUCCUUCUAGAUUGGAAGUGAGCAAGGCGUUUUUAAGCUUGGUGCCAUCUACAUCGGACAUUCAAAGCCAUCACUUCUGUGAACGGAAGGCCACAUUGCAGGAAAAAAAAUUGCCUGUUCUUCCAUAUUUGGUUGCUGUCGGGGCUUGCUAGCAGGAUGUUACGCAGUACGAUUUAUUAAUCUCUGAAGACAUCAGGUACACAUUUCCCAGCAUUUGUGAAGCUGUUUCAAAUACUUUUAAAAUUCUAUGGGCAUUAGACUUACCAUAUUCAAAAGAUUGUGCCCCAGUCUGGAUGUUUAUUCAAAGAAGUAUAUAUGUAAUGAAGAGCAAGUUUGACAUUGACGGCACUCCUAUGCUAGAUUUGCUUGCUUCUGUUCCUAACAGGCACGAUGGUGCUGUGUGCAAUAUGUAAAAGGUCUUUUGUCCAAAUGAAGCAAUUUCAAACCCAUUUUACAUUUUAUCAUCCAGGUAAAUGUUAUAUUUGUCCAAACAUGGGUUGUGGGAGAACUUAUCAAUUCUACAAUUCAUUUAGGCGUCAUUAUUUGAAAGAACAUUCAGAUUCUUCUAUGUCAGAAGAGGCCUUAAGUGUACAGGACUUUGCCAUUGAACAAGAGACCUCUCCCGUGAAUAAUGAUCCAUUACAUAAUGUAUGUAGCGCAACCGAGUUGCAAAUUAAAGAAAAUAAUAGUACCAUACAGAGUAAUAGCAAACAAAACACACCGCCACUAAGCAACGCUUUAGGUCAACUUUUCUCAUCCCUAAUAAAUUCAUAGGAAUA